GUUAUGUGGUGUGGGGGGUGUGGUGAGCUGCUGGGUGCUGUGGUGGGUGAUGACUCGUCGGUCGGCGCCCAAGCCUGGCCUGCUGCACCUGUUCACGGGCAAAUACCUACACCCGCAGCGCUGCUCCACCACCUUCCACUGGGAUGACCCCUCCAUUGUUGGCACGACCGUCGCCUUCACCGUCCAGUUUUACCAGCGAAAUGGCCGGCCGUACCCCAUCAGUGAUGCCGACGGUGUGCUGGUGGAGAUAACACAAGGCAUUCAUAAGGUUGGGGUAGUCACAGAACUUGGAGGAACAGGAGAAGCAGAAAUAAACACAGCAAGAUGUAAGUUCAGUGCACGUCAAGCAGGACAGUACAAGAUCUCCAUCCUUCUUGCCAAUCAACACAUUCGUGGUAGCCCUUUUGCUAAGAACUUUCUUCCUGGCCCCCCUGACCCUAGCAAGACUGCAAUGGUGCAGCACAGCUCUACUGUUGUAUGCACUGCUAGUCAGCCUCACCACAUACUGAUAGAGCCUCGGGACCAAUAUCACAAUGUUUGCUCUUUCUCACCUGGUCAAGCUGACACAGACAACUAUUCCAUUUCCAUCGUAGAGCUAGAAGGAGGGUGGACAGUGGAUGCAAGUAGUAUUAUUGUAUACGAUCAUACAUCACGCCGCAUCAGCAUCCAAGUGACCCUUCAGCACCCAGGCUGCUACAGGGCUCAUCUCACUUACUGUAACACAACACUCACCAAUGGAAACUUUGAUAUAAUUGUUCUGACAAGUGAAGAUGCACUGCGAGUACAGAAGACUGUGAUGAGAAGAGCCCAUGAGGGUUAUGAAGCUCGAUUGCUGACUCAAAAUGGAAGUCCUCUUACCAAACCCAAAAAAGUGUAUUGUUAUGUCACACCAAAACAGCUCAUCAUCAAAGAAUUCCUUUUGCGGCUCAUACCAAAGAGAGUUUGUACAUUUCGCUUGUGUCCUUCCACAAAGUUUCACUUCACCGGUACCAAUAAUCAAAGUGGGCUUCCAACAAUGAGUAUUGAUGAUGGUUGUCAACCUCUUGUAUUUCUUGCUGGUAAAGAUAGAAAUGUAAUUGCUGCAACAUUCACCCAGUUUAUGUUAAAAAAUAUUGGUGGUUCCGAAACCUUUAAAGACAAACAGGAUCACUUCUACCAUGAGGUGCGAAAGUUUCACAGCAAGCGUAUGCAUGACAGAAUUCAGAUCACUGUAGCAAGAGAACGACUUUUAGAAACUUCAAUGAAAGCUACCAAAAACUUUACUGUGGCAGAUUGGUGUAAAAACUUCGAAAUAACUUUCCAGGGGGAAGAAGGAUUAGACUGGGGGGGAGUGAGACGUGAAUGGUUUGAACUAAUAUGUGCCCAAUUAUUUGAUAACAAUAAUGGACUCUUUGCCAGUUUACAUGAAGGAAGACAAGCUUUAGUGCAUCCUGAUCCAUACAGACCACCUCAGAUGAAGCUCAAACAUUACGAGUUUGCUGGAAGAGUUGUAGGAAAGUGUUUAUAUGAAUCUGCUCUUGGCAGUGGCUAUAGGCAAACAGUGAGAGCAAGGUUUACACGUUCUUUUCUGGCACAGCUGAUUGGUCUCCGAGUACAUUAUAAGCACUUUGCUCAGGAUGACCCAGAGUUACAUAGCGGGAAAAUCAGACACCUCCUGGACUAUGGCGUGGAUAAACUAGAAGAUGAACUCUCCUUCACAGAUGAGGUUCUACUUCCUUCUGGACAAGUUAAAGUAGUAGAAUUAGAACCAGGGGGAAUGAACCGUAUAGUGACUAACAACAAUAAACUGCAGUACUUGGAUGCCCUAGCUCAGUAUCGUCUCUCUGUGAGGGUAAGGCACGAAGUGGAUGCUUUCUUGGCCGGACUCAAUGAAAUCAUCCCAGACAACCUACUUUGUAUCUUCGAUGAAAAUGAAUUAGAGCUGUUAAUGUGUGGGAUUGAAGAGUACAGCAUUGCUGACUUCAAAGCUAAUCACGUAGUCAAUGGCUCAUCACCAGAGUUCCGAAGAGUACUUUAUUGGUUCUGGACUGCGGUCUCAAAUUUUACAG